AUGGGUAUUGCAUCGAUGGUUGCGCUGUCAAUGCCGGCAAUGUUGCCGCUGAUGACACUGUUUGUUAUGAAACGGGCCGACAAUAUAAUGCCCGUCCAACGGGACUCGUGGGACCGGGACUACGAUUAUAUUGUUGUCGGUGCUGGCAGUGCCGGUUCGGUACUGGCCAGUCGACUGUCCGAAGAUCCAACGGUUAGGGUACUGUUGCUGGAGGCUGGCGGCAGUGAAAAUCUAAUCAGUGAUAUACCYAUUGCCUACCAGAGCCUACAGCAGACACCCAUGGACUGGUCAUAUCGUACCGAACCUCAAGAGGCCGCUUGUUUUGGACAUAAGGAAAAGAGAAGCCUAUGGCCCAGAGGACGGGUAUUGGGCGGGUCUAGUGUACUAAACGCCAACAUCUAUACCCGUGGCAACAAACGUGAUUAUGACCAAUGGGCCAAAUCGGGUGCCCACGGGUGGAGUUGGCCGGAAGUUAUGCCCUAUUUUAUCAAAUCCGAGGACCAAACCGAUCCGCAUCUCAUGAAAAACGGCUAUCACGGAACUGGCGGCUACCUGUCCGUAUCGUUGCCACCCUACCUGACCCCGUURGCCCAUGCAUUUACCAGUGCCGGCCAACUACUCGGCUAUCCGACCAUCGACUACAACGGACCCGUUCAAAGUGGUUUUGCCGUACCGCAGGGCACACUMCGAUCGGGUGCCCGAUGUUCGACAGCCAAGGCCUACCUAAUACCGGCCAAAUCGCGGCCCAAUUUGCACGUAAUUGCCUUUGCCUUUGUCACCCGUAUCGUUGUGGACGAUCAUCGUCGGGCUACGGCCGUCCAAUUUGACCGUUUCUCGCUGUCCUACAUUGUCUACGCCAAUCGCGAAAUUCUGGUAGCGGCCGGUGCUGUCAAUUCACCGCAGCUGCUAAUGUUGUCCGGUAUAGGACCGGCUGAUCAUCUGAAAUCUAUGGGCAUUCCAGUGGUGGCCAACUUGCCCGUUGGCUACAAUCUACAGGAUCAUAUCUAUGCCGGGGGUAUACACUUCAAAAUCAAUCAGCCSAUACCGUUCAGCCACGARCGUACGUUUAACGGUGCAAAUAUGGCCAAAUAUUUUACGGCCGGUACYGGACCGCUAACAUCACUGGGCGGUGUCGAAGGCCURGGAUUUGUUAGCACCAAAUACGCCAAUCUGACCGACGAUUGGCCAGACUUUGAAAUACAUUUGUCRUCSGCAACGGUAACCACUGACGGCGGUCGCGGUCURACACAUUAUGCYGGSCUYACGGAYGAAGUCUACGCCCAGGUAUACAAACCCUACUCGACCAGUCACUCGUUUUCGUUAGAUCCGGUACUACUGCGGCCRAAAUCMCGCGGCUAUAUCCGCYUGMGRUCACCCAAUCCGUACGAUCAUCCRGUUAUCGAYCCGAAGUACUUUACCGAUCCGGACGACAUACACUCGAUGGUCGAAGGUAUGAAAAUAUCCAUUGCUGUCGGUAUUGGACCACCAUUUCGGAAGUUCGGGUCYCAACUAUUYMGGACAAUGUUUCCCGGMUGCGARUCCUAUCCCUACCUGAGCGACGAAUACCUGGCCUGYGUUGCCCGCAGCUAUACGGCCACUAUCUAUCAUCCGUCGGGUACGUGUAAAAUGGGCGCCAAAUGGGAUCCGACGGCCGUAGUCGAUCCCAGACUMMGGGUACUCGGUGUACGUGGCCUGCGGGUAGUCGAUGCCAGUAUUAUGCCUACGAUUGUAUCCGGUAAUACCAAUGCACCGGUUAUUAUGAUUGCCGAACGGGCCGCUGAUUUUAUUAGAGCCGAAAAAUCAAGCGAUUAUCUAAAAUUGGCYGCAAUUUUAUAGGUAUACCGG